AUGAUCCAAGGUGAUAAAGUUGAGAACAUCCCUCUGGAGCCUCCACUCCUCAUAGAUAUAGUGAGAAGCCAAAUACACGUAAUUAGAAUUGUCCGGGAAGACCAGCUGACUCUCAUUGAGACUGAUAGUAGCAACUAUCACUGGAUUCUCCUUCUUCCUUCUCUUGGGAGUUCGCAGCUGAGACAUGUUAUGAUUGGUUAUUUCGAGACAACGCAUGAGAUGGUUCCUGAGAUGCGUUGUCCAUCUGUUGCUUGA